AUGCGCUGGCAGGUAGCCACGGACGACUUCAGAUUCAACGUGGAGUAUCACCGAGUGCCAAGUAGCAUUCUAAGUGGAGAUCGAGUCUUUACAAAGAGGGUGUAUUUGAGCCUGAUGAUGUCAACGUUCGACCCACUGGGAUUCCUGUGCUGCCUGAUGAUUACAGCGAAGGUGCUGUUGAGAGAGAUCUGGAGGCAGAAGAUCCAGUGGGACAAACCACUACCGGAAGAGAUAGGCAGAGCCUUUGCGGCCUGGCGCAGGAAGAUGGACGCCGUGGGACAGUUCCGAUGCCCUCGUCACUAUUUUGGGCAUGGAGCAGUGCGGACCAUCGAGCUGCACGUGUUCGUGGAUGUAAGUCAAUCUGCAUUCGCGGCGGUGGCCUAUUGGAGGGCCACGUACGAGGAUGACAACGUGCACGUUAGCUUCGUGUGCGCAAAGACGAAGUGCGCGCCGAUGAGAACGAUGUCGAUCCCAAGGUUGAUGAACACUGUCAAGGAGGAGCACAGUGUGGACAUCAGCGAGAUGGUGUUGUGGACGGACUCUAAAACGGUGCUGAGAUGGAUCGGCAGCACCCACCGCCGGUACAAGCAGUUUGUUGGCAACCGAGUGGCGGAGAUUUUGGAGUCGUCGAAGGUUUCCCAGUGGCGAUGGGUACCAACAGCUGACAACGCAGCGGAUGAUGCGACGCGGUCGCAGAAUAAGGCGGACCUUAGCCCGGAAUCGCGUUGGCUAAGCGGACCCGCAUUUUUGAGACAGCCAGCGAGAGGCUGGCCGGCGCCUGAGGAGGGAACCGAGCGUGUUCCAGAUGCGCCUGAUGAAGAGGAGAUGCCCAGUGAGUUUGCAUUAGUGGCCACAAAUGAAUUCGCUAUUCCGUUUCACAGAUUCUCGAGCUUCAGUCGCCUGGUGAGGACCACAGCCUGGGUCUUGAGGUUUGCGCGUUGGUGUCGCAAGCAGAGAAGCGAGCUCGAGGAGUACGGACUCACUGCAACGGAGUGUGAGGCCGCGGAGAACAUGUUAGUCAGACAGGCUCAAUUGGAAUCGUUUCCCAAAGAAAUGAGGUCGGCGGAAUGCGGAAAGGGCGUCGCCAGCUCGAGUGAGAUUCGAGGUCUGGCACCCUAUGUGGAUGAACACGGAGUUCUGCGAGCCCAUGGCAGGGUUGAUGCCGCGCUGUGCAUGCCGUACAGCGCGAGGAGGCCCGUAAUACUGUCACACAGGCACAGUCUUACGGAAUUAAUUGUAAGGCACUUUCACGCCCAGAUGAAGCAUCAAAACGUGGAUGCGACGAUUGCUCAGAUCCGGACGAGAUUCUGGGUCACGAAGAUGAGACGAGUGAUUAAGGAGGUAAUCUCGUCGUGCAACGAGUGCAAGUUGCAGCGAACGCGGCCGAUGCCGCCGAUAAUGGGUCCCCUUCCAGAGGAUCGACUGGAAGCAGGGGGAUGGCCAUUUAAGUAUACUGGACUGGACUACUUUGGGCCACUGCUGGUGACUGUAUCCCGUCACGGAGAGAAGCGUUGGGUCGCCUUGUUUACGUGCUUGACGACAAGGGCAAUUCAUCUGGAGCUGGCGCACGAUUUAUCGACGGAUUCCUGCAUAAUAGCGAUCAGGAACUUCGUCUGCCGUAGAGGACCAGUACAUAGACUGCGGAGUAAUAACGGCAAGAACUUCGUGGGAGCUGACAGGGAAGCCAGGCGAUUUGGAGACGUGUUCGAGACGGAGAGGAUACAGAGUGAGUUGUCCAGCAGGAGCAUUGAUUGGGUUUUCAAUUGCCCAACGAACCCGUCUGAGGGCGGAGUAUGGGAGCGGAUGGUGCAGUGUGUAAAGCGAGUGCUGCGCCAUACCCUGAAGGAAGUCGCGCCGAGGGAUCAUGUGUUGGAGAGCUUCCUCAUCGAGGCGGAGAAUGUAGUCAACUCGCGUCCGCUCACCCACUUGCCGGUGGAUGCGGACCAAGAGGCGCCGUUGACACCAAACGAUCUGUUCAAGGGAGCAGCUAACCUGCCGAAUACGCCUGGACUGGAUGCGGAGCUGCCCAAGGAGGAUUCUACGCGGAAGCAGUGGAGGAUUGCUCGCAUGCUGCGAGACCGUUUCUGGAGGAGGUGGGUCCUGGAGUACCUACCUACGCUUGUGCGCCGUGAGAAGUGGUGCCGGAGAACGGAGCUCAUCCGCCAGGGCGAUAUGUCUUCGUCUGCGAUCCCGCCUUGCCCAGACGAGAGUGGCGCAAAGGCAUCGUGGAGGAGGUCUACAGCGGAGCUGAUGGAGUCAUCAGACGCGCCACUGUGCGCGUGA